CUUCUGAAGGACCGAUAAAACAGUGCUGUCGCUGUUGUAAUGACAACUGUGUGCCGCCAGGGAUGGUACACCGUGAACGGAUGCAUAGCAGCCAUCCAACACAGAAGAACACUGCGGUGCUCUUGUGGCGGAUACGGGCCCCCUCUCUCCUACGGCUGCUGCAGUUAUGCGGGUUCUUGUUGGAGGAGGCAGUGGGUUCAUUGGCCAGUCUCUGGCACAGUUAUUAAAGAAGCGAGGUCAUAAAGUUACUAUAAUUUCUCGUCACCCCGGAGAGCACAGGAUCACGUGGACAGAUAUCUCUAAAAAGGGUCUGCCACCAUGUGAUUCCGUUGUUAACCUUGCUGGAGAGAAUGUUCUGAACCCGCUGAGGAGGUGGACAGAGCAGUUUAAACUUGAGGUUACUGCCAGUAGGAUUGAGACUACGCGCACUCUCGCUCAGGCUAUUGGCCAGUCACAGAAUCCCCCCCGCUCUUGGGUGGUAGUCACUGGAGUGGGUUAUUAUCCUCCUAGUCAGACGCAGCAGUAUUCUGAAUAUAGCCCUGGAGGAGAGGCUGAUUUUCUGUCCCGCCUUGUGAGAGAUUGGGAGGCGGCAGCACAGCUGCCCCUUCAAGAUGGCAAACCCAUCACUCAGCUGGUAAAAGUGCGAUCAGGUGUCGUGUUGGGUCGAAAUGGGGGUGCGCUGCCUGCCAUGCUGUGGCCCUUCCGCCUGUGUCUUGGUGGUACAGUGGGCUCUGGAAACCAGCCAUUCCCGUGGAUUCACAUAGAAGAUCUGUGCAGGCUCUUGGUUCAAACGGUUGAGCAGGAAGACGGUGAUGGGGGCAUCCUGAAUGCAGUCUCUCCCUCUUCAAUCACAGACACCAAUGCUGACUUCACUCGCGCUUUAAGUAGAUCAUUGGGUCGUCCUGCCCUGCUGUUCACACCCGCCUUUGCUGUGAAGCUGCUGCUGGGAAAUGACAGAGCUUCAAUGCUGCUAGAGGGUCAGAAAGUAUCCCCACAGAGGACCUUACAGAGUGGCUUCAGCUUUCUGUAUCCUGACCUGGACUCUGCCCUCACUCAGCUUUUGAACUCAAAUCAAUGAAGUAUGUACUUUGAGUGAGGGAUCUUAACUGUGUGAUGAGCUACCUCACAUUCUCCAUAUAUUUCUGAUACAAAAUAUAAUUAUUAAAGUGAAAUGGGUAGCUGAGUCGGAUCAUGAUAUGCUCUUAUACUGUGGUGCUAUGUAUCAGAGGGGUCUAUUCAUGCAGAAGUGAGCCAGUGGAGAAUUUGCCACAGCAACCAAUCAGCUGCUAUAAUUUUAUAGAAUGCAUUUUAUAAAUGUUACCUCAACACUGGUUGUCAUGGGCAACUUCUCCACUGGCUCACUUCUCCACUCUUUUCACUGCUUCAUGAAUAGACCCCAGAGUGUCAGUGUAACUUAUGUAUGAGUUCCUAUUUCUACCUUGCAGGAGGACCUAUGAAUGGUUUUAACAUCAAUGUAUUAAUUACAAUAUACAAUGAAUAGUAAACUGCACUUCAUGGCAAGGACCUUAAAUUGUGUUAAGCUGGGGGCGCCUUGUGCGGCUCUUGGUUACCUUUUGCUUUAAAUGAAAUUGAACUUGUAAACUGACACGUAUAUUGUCUUCAUAGGGUGGAUCUUGUAUUAUGUACCACCUGCCAUGUUUUGAUCUAUAUAUAAAAGGCAAAAAAGGA